AGACUGCGCAGACUCCACAUCCGGGAGAGGCGAGGAGAGCAGAAGUGGCGUUGGUCUGGCUGGAGCCCUGGGGUGAAUUUGUUAGGCGUGGAGAGGGAGUGAUGUCUUCCAGGCUCGGUGCAGUUCCCGCCACUUCGGGACCCACCUCCUUUAAGCAGCAGAGGAGCACGAGGAUCGUGGGAACGAAGACUAGCAGGACCAAGUGCUCCAUAAAGGAUAACAGUUUCCAGUACACUAUUCCUCACGAUGAUUCCUUAAGCGGCUCAUCAUCUGCCUCGUCAUGUGAACCAGUAAGUGAUUUUCCAGCAACCUUCCGAAAAUCUACCUACUGUAUGAAGAUGAGAAGGAUCAAGCCAGCUGCUACUCCACAUGUUGAAGGGUCAGAUGGAGUAUCAACUAAAGGAAAAAGGAAACCCAGGCAGGAAGAAGAUGAAGAUUAUCGAGAAUUUCCCCAGAAGAAGCAUAAGCUGUAUGGGAGGAAGCAACGACCUAAAACUCAGCCUAAUCCCAAAUCCCAGGCUCGUCGUAUUCGGAAGGAACCACCAGCUUAUGCAGCAGGCAGUUUAGAGGAGCAAUGGUACUUAGAAAUUGUGGAUAAAGGCAGUGUCUCUUGUCCUACCUGCCAGGCAGUGGGGAGAAAGACCAUAGAGGGCUUAAAGAAACACAUGGAAAACUGCAAACAGGAAAUGUUUACUUGCCAUCAUUGUGGGAAACAACUUCGUUCACUGGCAGGGAUGAAGUAUCACGUCAUGGCAAACCAUAAUAGUUUGCCCAUUUUGAAGGCCGGAGAUGAAAUAGAUGAGCCAAGUGAGAGGGAACGGCUCCGAACAGUUCUAAAGAGACUGGGAAAGCUCAGGUGCAUGCGUGAGAGUUGCUCUAGUAGCUUCACCAGCAUCAUGGGAUAUCUGUACCAUGUAAAAAAAUGUGGUAAAGAGGCUUCGGAGCUGGAGGAGAUGAUCUUGAAGUGUCACCACUGUGGGAAGCCAUAUAGAUCGAAGGCUGGACUUGCAUAUCACCUGAGGUCAGAGCAUGGGCCUAUCUUUCCAGGGUCAGGACAGCCAGAGUGCUUAAAAGAGAUGAGCCUGGAGCCAAAGAGUGGGGGCCGAGUUCAGAGGCGUUCUGCCAAGAUAGCUGUGUACCACCUGCAGGAGCUGGCCUCUGUGGAACUGGCCAAGGAGUGGCCUAAGAGGAAGGUUCUUCAGGAUCUGAUACCUGAUGACCGGAAGUUAAAAUAUACUCGCCCUGGGCUACCUACCUUCAGCCAGGAAGUACUACAUAAAUGGAAGUCAGACAUCAAGAAGUACCAUCGUAUUGAGUGUCCUAAUCAGGGUUGUGAGGCUGUCUACAGUAGUGUAUCUGGCCUUAAAGCUCACCUGGGCUCUUGUACUUUGGGAAACUUUGUGGCUGGAAAAUACAAGUGUCUUCUAUGUCAGAAAGAAUUUGUGUCAGAGAGUGGUGUCAAGUAUCACAUCAACUCUGUCCAUGCUGAGGAUUGGUUUGUUGUAAACCCAGCAACAACCAAAAGCUUUGAAAAGCUGAUGAAGAUAAAGCAGCGGCAGCAAGAAGAAGAAAAGCGGAGGCAGCAGCACAGGAGCAGGAGGUCUCUGAGAAGGCGGCAGCAGGCUGGCAUGGAGCUUCCUGAGCCAGCAGAGCUGAGUCUUAGAGCAGGGAAAGAGCCGAGGAGGAAUAACGAGGAACUGCUAGUGUCGACCUCCUGUAAAGAACCAGAGCAGGAACCAGUGCCGGCACAGUUCCAGAAAGUAAAGCCCCCAAAGGCUAAUCAUAAACGAGGAAGGAAAUAGGCAGGCAGUGUGAGAGCGCUCCUAGGAGAGUGGAUGGAUGCUCUUGUCACGGGGACCUGUGCUGGGAGGACUGAGUUAUGGGGCUGAGUGAAGAGAAAUGUACUCUUUCAGCUGUUUGUGAAAAGCUACAACUUUCUCAACUCUUUCCUCCUGUAUAAAUUUCACUGUUUUUCCUACUUAUUCACUUUGACAACCUCCCUCCCCAAACCCUUUUUGGUAGGUUUUCCUGCUAUUCCUCAUUGGAGUCUUAUUAUUUUUCUCUUAUCUUGCCCAAAGAGCUCCCUCUUAAGGCCAGCUAUAGGCCCCUCUUGCCCUGUAUAAGACUAAGAAAACUGGUUGUUCUUUUCUUCCUGGGGUGUAGAAUGUUCUUGGAAAUUCCAUUGACUUAGUGGUCUCCAUCAUCAAGUUUAUAAAACAAUUACAAAUUAAUUUUUUAAAACCAUACUGAUUAAUCAUUUUGUAUUUGUGCUAUAACAAGUCUAGAAGCUAGAAAUGUCAUUUGUAUAAUAAGGUUACUCUCUUUGGGAAACAAACUUUAUGGAGGUGGUUCUCUCAAUAUGGUUUUAGGAUUGAAAGAAAGAAAUGGGUUUAGGAUGAAAAAGCUAGAACUUCCCUACACUAAUUCUACUGGGAAGUGUUUUGUCUUCCCCAAGUAGCAGUGACUAACUAAACCCACAGGCAUAAAAAAGCAGUCUUAGGAGUAGUAUGUCCCAAACAUUAAAGUGGCUGGAAAGAAGAAACUAGAAGAAGCAAUAAAUACUGCCUCAACUUGCCUGGGGCUUGAGGCCUCCUCCUCUGUCGUUAUAAUCGGUGCCCUUCUGAAGUUUGUUUUGCCCUCUCAGUUCUAAGGAUUGAGAAAUAACCAAGUUGAUUGCCCCUGAUUUUUUAUACAGAAUCCUAGUGUUCCUGGUAAUGCCACUAAGAUUGGUAGCCAAGGCACUUGUUCCUUCUCUCCUGGACUUGACCUCACUUGUCUACAUCCCACUAAGUCCUCAUCCCUCCCUUUAGUCAACCUCGGUCUGAAUUUUCUGAGAAUAUUGCUGUCCUCUUUUACACGUGUUUUAUCGUCUUUAAUCCUGAGACUUUGACACCAGAUAUCGAUAUUUAUCUGGAGUUGGAAAGAAAAAUUCUUUUUCUGUACCUCAUGUCUACCUGAUGUCUAAUGGGCUGUUAGAUGUUUUGAAAUAAGUGAAGGACAUGGUAUAUCCACUGUACAUUGUCAUUUGCAGUUGUGCUCUUAGAGCCCUUUCAGUAGAUGAGGAUUGUCAGGGAGAAGAAAUGAAGAAGCUAUAUUAAUUUCUGGUGAGUAAGACUUGGGAAAUGUUUGGCAAUGACAACAGAA